AUGAUCUUCAAAAAGUUUUAGAACAACGGAAUGAAAAAAUCCCGAAACCAAAAUCGGUCAUUAAUUCUUUAGUUAAACAUCAACCAUCUGUAGAUAAAGUACCACCACCAUUACCUUCGCGUGAAAAACUUUUGAUUCGGCAAAAUUCUGAAAUGCAAGUUGAAAGUGCUUAUAUAAGGAAAAAAUCUCCAUCUAGACAGGAUUCGACUAAUACUAGUCGUCCGUCGAUUAGAAGGAAUAAUUCGUCUAAUUCCAUUGCUAGUGAAAAAAGUAGUAGCAAAGCUUCAACUGCCUUUUCAAUUAGCAGUGAGACACUUGUUGAUGAGUCUGAUGAGAAUCCUGAUCCUGUUAGUCGUUGCCUACCUAUAGUUGACAAAGAUUUUAAUGAAUACUUGGUUAAGUCCGAUUAUGAUUUUUCAACUGUUGAUGAAUACGCACGUGAAACUCCUGAAUCUGAAACUAGAUCUGAAACUAGAUUGGCAAAUUACUUGACUUCAGGAUGGGAUGAUGAUUUAUAUAAAUUGCGUGCUAUUUUCGUAUGGAUCACUGAUAAUAUUUCUUAUGAUUGUGUUUCAUUUUUUUCGGGAAAAUUAUCGCAUCAAUCAGCCAAAGAUGUCUUGAAAUCCAGAACUGCUGUAUGCGCUGGAUAUGCUGAAUUAUUUUAUAGGUUAGCAAAUGAAGCUGGUUUGCGUGUAUGGCAAAUUUCGGGAAAUGCAAAAGUUGGAGAUAUUAUUGGUCCAAAUGAUCGUUCUCAUGCUCAUGCAUGGAAUGGGGUUUUAUACAAAGGGGAAUAUCUCUUCAUAGAUUCUACAUGGGGUGCUGGACACGUAAAUAAUAAUAGAUUCACUAAAAGAUUCGAACCUUUCUACUUCCUUACUUCUCCAAUCCAAUUUAUUUAUUCCCAUUUUCCUGAACAAACAACCCAACAAUAUUUACAACCUACUAUUACAAGAAAAGAAUUUAAUAACCAGCCAUAUUAUAAAUCCGGUUUCUUCGCCGAAGGUCUUAGAUUUUUAAGAUAUCAUGGUUCCGAAAUAGAAGCGAUAGAUGAUAAUAUAAUCUUAGAUUUAGAGCAAUUAAUAGAUGAUGGUGGAAUAAAUAAAGUUACUGCCAGUUUAGAAUGGACAGGGAAAAAAAUAGAUGUUUUUUCACAAAGAUUAGCUAUUCCAGGUCCCAAAGGUGGAAUUUUACAUCGACUAAGAAUUGGUUGUCCUACACGUGGUGAUGGAAAACUUCAAUUAUAUUACAACAAAGAAGGUUUAAAAGAGUGUCCAGGAAUCUGUAGCAUACUAAUAAAAAACUCGGGUACAGGCGCAAAAUACAGGAAAUUCGUAUAUCAAUAUAGCGCUCCAUAUUCAUGUACAAUAAUUAAACCUAUCUACCAAACACUCGGUUACACUAAACGAACUCAUUUUGAAGUAAUAUUAUUCAAUGUAACUUCUCGUAAAAAAAUUCCAUCAAUAAUUGUUGGUAGUCCUGGAAUGGAAAGACAAACAUGUCUUGAACAAUUAAUUGAUAGGAAUGAUUCCAAUGGAUGUAUUACCAUGGCUUGUGAUGUUGUGAUGAAUUAUAAAGGAACUUGGUGUUUGGCAAUUAAGACUGGUAAUGAAUAUAGUAUAUUAGCCAACUACGAUGUUAAUUAA